GCUCACUGCUCACUUCUCGUGAUCUCUUCAUCCCUCUGCUCAUUGCCAAAUCUCACCUUCCCGAUUAGAGCUUCGCAGUUCAGACCUAAGAAAAUGGAUGAGUCUUCGCUGCAACUUAUCCACGAUGUCGGAACUAAAUUGAGCAAACAGUCUCGUCCAACCAAGGAUUACAUCGUGAAAUCCCUCCGGCAAGUUGUAGAUGCUUUUGCUUGUUUGGAACAGUCUUACGUCCCAGAUGCUACAAGGGAGUCAGAACCAGCUAAAAAAUUAGAGGGUUCUAUAAAGCCUCUAAUGAAAUCUAUAGUUAAUGGUCUUUUACGGAAUAGAGAUAAAGAUGUGAGACUUCUAUUAGCUAUAUGCGUUAGUGAAAUGUUCCGGGUCACGGCUCCAGAACCACCUUUCGAAGACAAAUAUCUAAGGGAUGUUUUUAUACUUCUUUUGAGCUCUUUUUCGGAGCUAGGUGAUACAACAAGUCCACUUUUCCCUCGGAGGGUUAAAAUACUAGAGACAGUGGCACGAUGUAAAUGCUGUGUGAUAAUGCUUGACAUUGGAUGCAACGACUUGGUGUUGGAUAUGUUUGAUACAUUUUUCUCUGCUUUAAGAGACUAUCACGAACCUAGUCUGGUUAACAACAUUUUGUCAAUAAUGACCCAUAUUCUAAGCGAGGAUGCCUCUCUACCGCUAGUAGAUGUGGUUUUGCACAAUGUUGUGAAGGAGGAAAAGGGUGAACCUACAGCUGCUUCUCGCCUUGCAGUUUCCGUCAUUGAAGCCAGUGCUGAGACGCUUGAACCAUUUGUUUGUGGAUUCUUAACAUCUUGUAUUUCAGAGAGAGAUGUGGCGGGAAGUGAACUCAAAGAAUUUUACCAUGAACUAAUUUUUAGAAUUUUCCAAUGUGUCCCUCAGAUGCUUCUUCCUGUGAUUCCAAACUUGACUCUAGAGCUUUUGACGGACCAAGUUGAUGUUAGAAUAAAAGCGGUUAAAAUCGUUGGUAGGCUUUUAGCUCUACCAAAAUACUCUGUAGCACAAAAGUACCGAGGACUUUUUAUGGAGUUCUUGAAAAGGUUUAGUGACAAAUCUGCAGAAGUUAGAAUUCAUGCUAUCCAAUGUGCUAAAGAUUGUUAUCUGGCCAAUCCUGGUAGUUCAGAAUCUCUUGAAGUUCUGGCUGCAGUCGAAGAACGAUUACUAGACUUCGAUGACAGAGUGAGAACUCGAGCAAUAAUUAUUGUUUGUGAUAUUGCCCGAUCAAAUAUCAAAUUUGCCCCCGUGACACUAAUAUCUCGAGCUGCUGAAAGACUACGAGAUAAGAGGAUAUCAGUUAGGAAAAAGGCCCUUCAGAAAUUGUUGGAAGUGUAUCGAGACUAUUGUGAUAAAUGUUCCAAAGGUCAAUUGACUAUGAACGAUGACUUUGAACAGAUUCCUUGUAAAGUCUUGAUGCUUUGCUAUGAUAAAGAUUGUAAAGAGUUCAGGUCCCAGUGCAUGGAACUUGUUCUUGUGGAAGAUUUAUUCCCAGCUCAUCUCUCUCUUGAGGAAAGGACAAGCCACUGGAUCCAUUUGUUCUCUCUUUUCAAUAUCCAUCAUGAAAAGGCCCUCAGAUAUAUUUUGUUGCAAAAACAGAGGUUACAAGAUGAGUUGCGUACUUAUUUGAGUCUACGAAAAAAGGGCAAGGAGAACCAAUCAGAAGAGGUAGAAAAGCGAAUUGAAACUGCAUUUCUCAAAAUGGCAGCCUGCUUUCCAGGUCCUACAAAAGCAAAGGAGUCCUUUCAUAAAUUAAAUCAAAUUAAAGCUGAUAAUAUUUUUAUCCCGUUGGAGCUUUUACUUGAUGAAUUGACAAGUGUGGAAGCUGAGGCCACCAGAGACAAAUUGUUGAGGAUGAUAGGAAGUAAACAUCCUCAUUUUGAGAUUUUGAAAUCACUCUCCUCAAAGUGCUCAUAUAAUUUAUUCAGCACUGAGCAUGUACGCUUUGUAUUAGACUGCAUUCUGAGUAACAGACUUGCAAAUAAACAUUUGGAGGCUUCUGCUGGCAAGCUCCUACUGGCUAUUUUCGGCAUUUUCCCCGCACUCAUCAGAGGCUUGGAAGGCCAACUGCUAAGGUUGUUGGAAGAAAGCAACCCAAUAGAUAGUAAGCUGAUCGAAGUAUUGGCAAAAGCAGGCCCUCACUUAUCAAUUGAACUCAGUGAUGCAUACCCAUUUCUGGAGAGAUUAUGCUUGGAGGGUACUCGUGCUCAAUCAAAGAGUGCUGUUUCUGCCAUUGCAGCUUUAGCUGGUACUUCUGGGUAUUUUUUAUUCUCUAAACUAUGUAAGGAACUUGUUGAUUCUCUACACAGGGGAAUGAAUCUCCCCGCAAUAUUGCAAUCUUUAGGUUGUAUUGCAAAAUAUUCUGUUUCAACCUUUGAUGAUCAUGAUCUAGAGAUCACACCUUAUGUAUAUGAGAAAAUCCUCCAAGUGGACCUAUCAGAUAAUUUCAAUAAAUUAGACGGGGAUAGCAAUUCUUGCGAUUUAAAGAUUUAUGGGCUGAAAACAAUCGUUAAGAGUUUUUUGCCACAUCAAGGAACUCCUAGAAGAAAUGUUGAUGAGUUUCUGAAAAUUUUAUUAGGGAUGCUGAACACGUGUGAAGCUUCUGUUGGGAACAUCCCUACUGAUAGUGAUCAAGCUCGAAUCAGAUUAGCUGCUGCAAAAUCAGUUCUUCGUCUUGCCAGAAGAUGGGAUUCACAAAUUACACCGGAGAUUUUCCGUUUUGCAAUCUUGAUGGCAAAGGACUCCUCUUCUUUGGUUAGAAGGCUAUUUAUUGACAAAGCACACAAGUUACUUAAGGAGCAGGCUAUACCUACUCGAUAUGCUUGUGUUUUUGCAUUUUGCAUCUCAGAUAGCUUGAAGGAUCUUCAGGAUGAUUCACUCAAAUAUAUGGCAGAAUUUAUUGAGCAAUAUAGGAAGAUAGCUCAGAUUCAUCAAAAUUCUGUGGGUCAAGAUGGAUCAGUGACCUUUGUUCCAGCGUAUAUAGUAGUAUUCUUGAUAUAUAUUCUAGCUCAUGAUUCAGGCUUCCCACAUACAGACUGUCAAGAUGAAAAUGAAUAUGCUCAAUUCUGUAGCCCCCUCCUAUUUAUGUUGCAGAUGUUAGUCAAUGCAGAUGUAAUUGUUGCAAAGGAUUCUGUUUUGUAUUUGCACAGUAUUUUUCGUGCCAUUAAGAGGGUUGAGGAUGCUGUGGAUAUUGAAACAUCACCUAAGUUACACAUUUUAGCGGACAUUGGUCUCUCUUUUGUAACUGCUCUAAAUUAUUCCGGAGUCUCCCUAUCAUGUGCCCCAAGGCAGAUUUUGCUGCCAUUAUCACUAUAUAGAGUAAAUUCCAGGCAGCUUUCUCAACAUGCUUUGGAUGAAUGUUUUAUUGGAAGAGUUAUUAAGACAUUUCAAUCUCAAUUCAUUUUGCCCACUAUCAACCCAUGUUCCUCAAUAAGCAUGAAAGCUUGUAAGCAAGUUGAAGCCAUUUCCUCUAGAGCAACGAAGAUCAAUAAAACUGUGAAUCAGGAGGCUAUUGUUGGACGGAGGCGAAAACGGGCUGUCUCUCCAACAAUGUCCUCAUCAAUUGAGUUGCGGGAGAGUUCUCUACUUGUUCAACAAAAUUUCCCAACAAACAGAGAAAAAAGUGCAUUUUCUUCUCAGUGUGAAACUACAGAAGCUUCUCUUGUUGAAGCAUAUGCGUCAAUUCAGAGUCAGGACAAUGUGUUGGCAAACAGGAACAUUGAUGAUGAGUCUUCGAUGUAUGUCAACGACCAGCUCACUAAUUCUCCCAAAAUUUCUUAAGAUAUGUCUGUUGAUUCCUGAGCGAUAUAUCAAGUUAUGCCUGUCAAUUAUUUAUGAAAUGGUUUGGUUAAACAACUAAUUAGAGGGCUGCCUUUAGCAGAUACAUAUUCAGUUUUCGGCACGGUUGAUUUGUUCUGACUUUGAAGAUUCUAUUUAGAAGAUUAACCCUCGUUUGAAUGGUUAAUACUUAAGAGAUUAGUGCCUGACUUCACAUCUUGGUCGGAAAUAUUAGUGGAACGUCCAACUGCUGAGCUCGGAAUCUGAGAGUUCGGAUACGACACCAGAUGGUUUCCUAGUAGAAAGG